AUGGAUGUCCACGGACACGGUGUGGGUAACGGGUCACUUUAUGUGCGUGUGUCCUAUCUGGGGCUGGGGGCAAAAGUGCGACACCAAUCAGGCCCCCGAGGACGGGCCCCGGGCCCCAGGACUACAACCCCACAUGGAACACUAGAUCCUUAUCUCACCCCACAUGGAACACUAGAUCCUUAUCUCACCCCACAUGGAACACUAGAUCCUUAUCUCACCCCACAUGGAACACUAGAUCCUUAUCUCACCCCACAUGGAACACUAGAUCCUUAUCUCACCCCACAUGGAACACUAGAUCCUUAUCUCACCCCACAUGGAACACUAGAUCCUUAUCUCACCCCACAUGGAACACUAGAUCCUUAUCUCACCCCACAUGGAACACUAGAUCCUUAUCUCACCCCACAUGGAACACUAGAUCCUUAUCUCACCCCACAUGGAACACUAGAUCCGUAUCUCACCCCACAUAGAACACUAGAUCCUUAUCUCACCCCGCAUGGAACACUAGAUCCUUAUCUCACCCCACAUGGAACACUAGAUCCGUAUCUCACCCCGCAUGGAACACUAGAUCCUUAUCUCACCCCACAUGGAACACUAGAUCCUUAUCUCACCCCGCAUGGAACACUAGAUCCUUAUCUCACCCCACAUGGAACACUAGAUCCUUAUCUCACCCCACAUGGAACACUAGAUCCUUAUCUCACCCCACAUGGAACACUAGAUCCUUAUCUCACCCCACAUGGAACACUAGAUCCGUAUCUCACCCCACAUGGAACACUAGAUCCUUAUCUCACCCCACAUGGAACACUAGAUCCUUAUCUCACCCCACAUGGAACACUAGAUCCUUAUCUCACCCCACAUGGAACACUAGAUCCUUAUCUCACCCCACAUGGAACACUAGAUCCUUAUCUCACCCCACAUGGAACACUAGAUCCUUAUCUCACCCCACAUGGAACACUAGAUCCUUAUCUCACCCCACAUGGAACACUAGAUCCUUAUCUCACCCCACAUGGAACACUAGAUCCUUAUCUCACCCCACAUGGAACACUAGAUCCGUAUCUCACCCCACAUAGAACACUAGAUCCUUAUCUCACCCCGCAUGGAACACUAGAUCCUUAUCUCACCCCACAUGGAACACUAGAUCCGUAUCUCACCCCACAUGGAACACUAGAUCCUUAUCUCACCCCACAUGGAACACUAGAUCCUUAUCUCACCCCACAUGGAACACUAGAUCCUUAUCUCACCCCACAUGGAACACUAGAUCCUUAUCUCACCCCACAUGGAACACUAGAUCCUUAUCUCACCCAUACAGCAGCUUCAAAUGAUGUUAUCAUCAACUCCACAACGUGGUCCUGAGAGCACUGGUAUUCAGCUAGCAAGACGUUAACAUCCUCAUGUCAAUCAACCUAAAGUAAAGUUGGACUCAUGAUGGAUGUCAAUAGCUCUCCAGUGUAAUUGCUUGCUCUUACUCUUACACACUGCGCAUGCACAAUCCCAUAACCGUUUGCACACCUUAUUUAUGGAUCUUUUAAAGGGACAGUGCCAUCUAGUGGAUAUAAAUGAAUACAGCUACGUUCUUUUACCACCUGGCUACACCUGGACUACAGUUUGUAAUGAAUUCAACUCAAAUUAAAAAGUAAACAAAAGGACGCUACAACAACUUCCGUGUCUUGACUUUCUAAGGUCCUGUGGAAAAACAUAAAAAUUAACUUAAAGAAGACAAAGGCUCUUGCUUGUAGGCAGUGCUUCAAGGCUGGAGGAGGACCCCCAGUUAGACCAGAGACAGAUGAGCUGGGGGACUGGUGGAGGACCCCCAGUUAGACCAGAGACAGAAGAGCUGGGGGACUGGUGGAGGACCCCCAGUAAGACCAGAGACAGAUGAGCUGGGGGACUGGUGGAAGACCCCCAGUUAGACCAGACAGAUGAGCUGGGGGACUGGUGGAGGACCCCCAGUAAGACCAGAGACGGAUGUGCUGGGGGACUUUUUGACCGGGAUCAUUGAUAGCCAGCAACCCCUGGAAGGUAUCGCCGAAGACGAACAUUUGGACAGUUCAGAUAGGGGACCGUUCAAAUCCUCAUUUGGUAGGACACAUUCAACAUGUGCCAUCCCCGGACUGUAGGGAACAUGUAAUGUUGUCAGUCAUCUCUUGCACUCCCAUAAGAAAAAAUUAUGUAAUAAACUUAACUCUUGAACAUAUAAUGUUCUCUAGUGCAGCAAUGUAAUAAUUUUCCAGAGGUAGAUGAUUACCAUAUAUUGAUUACCAUAGCUUGAUCACUAUACCUUGAUUACCAUCAUCCUCCUCAUCUUCAAUGUGAGAAUCUGGGCAGCCAUGCUGUUUGAGGUCAUUGUGAAGCCCUGGGCAGCCAUGCUGUUUGAGGUCAUUGUGAAGCCCUGGGCAGCCAUGCUGUUUGAGGUCAUUGUGAAGCACUGGGCAGCCAUGCUGUUUGAGGUCAUUGUGAAGCACUGGGCAGCCAUGCUGUUUGAGGUCAUUGUGAAGCCCUGGGCAGCCAUGCUGUUUGAGGUCAUUGUGAAGCCCUGGGCAGCCAUGCUGUUUGAGGUCAUUGUGAAGCACUGGGCAGCCAUGCUGUUUGAGGUCAUUGUGAAGC